GAUGCUGAAGGCGAGGAGGACGAAGGAGACGAGUACUAGACAAGCGGUUUAUCAUCACAGAUAUCAGUUAAACUACUAUACUUUUAAAAAAUUCGCCAUUAAAGAUCUGUUUCAUUAGACUGGAUGUGUGGUAGUUUAUUUCGUAGCGCAAUUCUCAGUAACUGCGCAGAUCCAGAAAGGGCGAUAUUUCCCUAUGCGACCGCAAAAAUUGCCCAAUGCAGUAUUUCCUGUAUUCUGAAGAUUUGUAUUUUGGGCUUUCUGAUCUUGUAACCAAAUACAGAGCGUUUUUAAGGACGGACAUCUUUUCGUUCAAAUAUGGAACUACAUUAUUUGAAAGCUUUCUGUGGCGUAGCAUGUUAGACGUUUGUUUUUCCCUCCCCCCAUGGGGUUAUGUGCGUACAAGAGUACGUGAGGCACCAAAAGCCAUGUUUUUUUUUAGCCAUUUUGGCCUGAAAUAGGGUACGCAAUUCAAGAAUUCAACAUACUCGAUAAGGAUUACACAAUUCCAAUAGCAAUUUCAAACCCGAAUUUAAUUAACUGCGUUUCGUCCGAAUAAAGAAAUCAAGUGUAUCAAACUGACUAACGUGCCGGCCAAAGCCUAUCACAGAUCUAUAAUCCGAACCAGAAGCAUAUUAACAAUCUAGGUGAUAUGCUUCUGUCCGGAAUUAAUAAUGACAAUAAAACUUAAAGCUUUAAACUUUAAGUGUCAAACCAUGUAGCCUGGGAGAACUCCAAUAAGGGGACACAGACUAAUACAAAACAAAAAACUGAGAAGACUAAGAUAUCUACACUAAAUUAUGAAUAAUGCAAAAUGCAGUCUGACAUGUUUCUAAGACAAAGCUAACCUUAUAGGUAAUGUUAACUUGGUUUACGAUCCAUGAUCCGAACUUCAAGACGAGUAGGGUCCGGAAUCCGGGCUAAAAUGCACAGCUGAUCCACGAUCUACGGUAUUUUAGAAAUCCGCGAAUCCCCUCAGUCCGCAGUCCGUGCGCUCUUAAAGUCCAAUUAACCACCCACCCUCCACCCCGACCCUUCCUCUGGAAAGAUUGCGUGACGGCCCAAAGUUAUUAUGGGAUAUGCUCUUGGUGAGCACGGUGGUAAAGAUGUCGGCGGAUUGCGCGAAUCUCUCAAAGACGUUUUAUGGUCGUUCUCUGCCACAAAACCUGAUUGAUUAUCGGUCUGCAGAAUCCAAAACUCGCUUGUGUCGUGCUCUUCAAACUGGCUAUGCUGUUCCAUACCUCUCUUUGUCCUCAUGUUUUAAUACACAAGCUGAACCUGCAUACUGCGGUGUUAGUACACUAGCCAUCAUUUUAAACGCGUUACGGAUUGAUCCUCAGCGCAUUUGGAGAACUAUUUGGCGGUGGUAUUCAGAGGAACUUCUAGACUGCUGUCGUCCUUUAGAUGAUGUGAAGAAAUCUGGAAUAACUUUGGAAGAAUUUGUUUGUUUAGCAGAGUGUAAUGGGGCUUCUGCUUUCCUUGUGCGACCUUCUGACGCUAAAGAACAAUUUGAAAAGUUUGUGCAAACCUUAGAGCGAGUUUGUACUGGAGAUAGACAGGAAAAAGGUGAAAAUUUGGACGAAGAAAAUCCAGAAGAGAUUAUGGCCAUAUCUUAUUCACGGAAAACUCUUGGACAAACUGGGGAUGGUCACUUUAGUCCCAUUGCUGCAAUGGACAAGGAAACGAGCUCCGUGUUGCUGUUUGAUACAGCAAGGUUUAAGUAUCCGCCAUAUUGGGUCCCAGUUGAGCUGCUGUUUCAAUCAAUGUUACCACUGGAUAGUGCAACAGGCAAGAGUAGAGGUUACGUGCUCUUGAAGGCCAGACAUGAAUUUCAAGGAAGGAAAGUAUGCUGUAUUUUGAGAGAGAAUAUGGAUGAGGAUAACACCCCUCGAAAAGAUUUGCCAGAACCCAAGCCAGCUUAUGAGAGCGACCAAUGCAGUUCGGUGCCUUGCAGUGUUUGUACUGCCUCACCACUUACCCCUUCCCCUUCUUGACAAUAAUAAAUGUAAUAACUAAGACACUUGCAAUGUCUAUAGAAUAGAGGAAUAUCAGGCAUCUUAAUUGUAGUCUGGCUUAAACCCAAGGUUUAAGAAAGAGGCUGACUCCCCUUCAGUUGUCUCUUAAGAAGUGCUGAAUGUGUGACAGCCAAGAAAGUCUGGAUGAAACCCCUUUUGCUCAUGCUUCCAUUCUUAAUAUUCAAUGGACCUUUGAGACAACUGGGGCAAGUCUACAAAAAUGGUGCACUGGUACAGUUCAACCCCUA